AUGGACAAAUUCCAAAGAAAGACUCUCAAGACCAAGAGGUCUUUUACUUAUACUUAUUAUGUCUCUCCUCAUGGGGAUUCUAGCAAAUCCAUACCAACUCUAUUUUUCAUUCACGGCUGGCCCGACGGUGCGCACCUGUGGAAAGAUGUAGUGGCCCAGUUAUCCGAUCUGCCUAACAGGAUAAUCAUCCCCGACACAUUGGGCUAUGUAGGCACUGACAAGCCCGCCGAUACUGAAGCCUACAACCAAAAAGGGCAAGCCGAUGACCUGUCGGAAAUUCUGAUCAAAGAAGGUGCUCAGAAGAGCAUCAUCAUCGGCCAUGACUGGGGUUCCAGCAUAGCUCAGCGAACCUACCUGCAUCACCCAGAGCUCUUCUCGGCUGUCAUACUCUUAAAUGUUGCAUAUCUCCCACCAAAUCCAGAACCAUUCGAUCUGGACCAAACAAAUGCUUUCACUGAGAAGAUAUAUGGCUAUCCUCAGCUUGCCUACUGGGAACUCUUCGGCUCCGAGGAGGGAGCCAAGAUCAUAGAGAGCAACCUUGAAUCGAUGUGGGAGGUUCUCCAUGGUGACUCCGAGGAUUGGAUGAAGAAGAUGUUCUGUACCAAGGGUGCCAUGAAGAAAUAUCUGACCGGUGAUGAGCACGUUCCACUGAAAUCGUAUGCCCAAGAGCCAAGAUGGAAAGAUGAAUUCUUGAGCCAAUUUCGCCGAGAUGGAUUUGACGGACCACUUCGCAUGUACAAAGCGGCAAUUAGCAGGGCCCACCAGGAAUCAGACAAGCUCAUUCCCAAGGAGAGACUGGUGAUUUCCGUGCCUGUCCUAUUCAUCGGCUGUACUGGCGACUUCGUCUGUCGUCAUGACUUGAUUGAGAUUCCCAAAAAAGUAGGACUGUUGCCAGAUUUGGAGGAACAGUCGAUCGAAUCCGGUCAUUGGGUUCCCAUGGAGCAGCCAGGCCAGGUAGCCAAGCACAUCAGAAACUUCCUUACCAAACGCUUUCCAUAG